UCCUUUUUAGAAGAUUCUUGUAGGAAAGAUCUGCAGGAAAGAACAGAUGUAGCCAUUACAACAUCUACCGACACCCUACAAUUUCUCUCAAAAUCAGAAUUUAGCAUUUUUAAAAAUCUUCAUCGGAAUACAAACAAGAAUAAUAAAAGAAAACUAUUAUUCUACUUGAAUAUUCUUUUGUCUAACCGGGCCUUAGGACAAGUUUUUUAAAAACCUUAUUGAUACAAUAUCUAUAAUCAUAGUAAGACCCAUACAAUUUUUGAACAUUUGAGGAAAACCAUCGUUUCAAUAACACAUAAAGAAAUAAGGAAUGAUUGUUAUUGAAGAAAGAAAAUACUUAAUUUGCCUAAUGUGUGAAUGAGAUUUCUUGCAACAAGGUGGCUUAAGAUACAAAGAAAGCACCAGCUUCCGGCAUAUUAAUUAUUGCACACAAGGCUCAGGGCUCCAGUAUAAACUACAGUUAAACAAAGGAAAUUCUAUUGCGGGCAUUAAUCAUUGAAGCAAACUAAAUCAACCUAAAUAGCAAUUCACGAAUUUAAUGCUAGCCACCAGCAAGCUCCCAGUUGAUUUAACAUGGCAGCACAAAUGGUGUCUAGUGCCAAUGAAUUGACAAUGGUAUACUAUUUUCUUGCCUUCGUUGUUCAACAGUUAAUCAAAAUGAACACAAUUUUCUUAUUACUUUCAUGUCACAUUAUAGCAGUUAACGGCGUACAAAUAUACCGAGGCAAUUGCAGGAAAGAAUCUCUAUUUAAAAUUGGAGGCAGAGGAACUAGACUGGAUGCAAACAUUAUCUCUUCUAAAACGUCAUCCAGACUAUCCCUGUGUGCUAAAUCGUGUAUUGAUGAAGCAAGUUGCAAAAGCUUCAACUACAAUGUGGUUGCAUUGAUUUGUCAGCUGCUUUCGAAAGACAAAAAUGACGUUGGUGCAGAAAAGCUUUUGGCCGUAGAGGGUUGGAAUCAUUAUCAACCAGUCGAGUUCAUGGAUACUCCAAGGUGCCGAACAGAAACAAGCUCGGAAAUGUGCGCUUUCAACGAAGCAUGCGAUGAGGUGUGCGAGAAUCCGGUUGGCUACAAAUGCCGAACAUUAGGAAACAUAGCCCUUGGGAAGGCAACAGCGCAGCAUACAACGUGUGCUGGUGGUUAUUCGCCUAGAGCUGUCGAUGGAGACACUCGCACCAGCUGGAUCUACGGCUCUUGUACACAUACCUGUGCGGGGACAUCAAAGUGGUGGCGUGUGGAUUUUGGGAAAAGCUCGUUGGUGCACUCAGUAAAAAUCACAAACAGAGGUGAUUGCUGCGGUAGCCGCCUUUCAGACUUCAACAUCAGAAUUGGCAACAGCACGACAGGAAAUGGGGACAAUAAUUCUGCUUGUGCUGUCAAUCAAGGAAUUGCACAAGGUGCCACGAAAACAUUUCUUUGCAGACCACGUAUUUAUGGCAGAUACCUUUACGUUCAGUCAAACAUAACACCAGAACUGACUCUUUGUGAGGUGCAAGUUUUUGGAGAAUAAAAGACAUCGCAAAAUUCUCCUUUCUGGAGGAAAUACAAUAGGAAGUGAAGAUAUCAUUAACAAUUGACGAGCUCUAUUUGAGUCAACAGCAUAAAAAGAUGACAUUGAAAUUACACAAUGUUUAACAAUUGAUGAGCUCUAUUUGAGUCAACAGCACAAAAUGAUGACAUUGAAAUUACACAAUGUUUCUUUCUCUUCAAUUCUAACAUGUUCAUAUAUUUUCACAAGAUUCUGAAAGCUUUUAACCAAUUCGCCAAUGACCCUGACUGAUUCAAUAAUAUACCAUAGACUAUGAAUAUACAUGCAACACAAUUUACCGAUCGACUCUUCGUUCUUAAACAGAGUACAUAUUUUCCAACUCUCGUGGUUCUGUGCCCUUUAAGCCUCAGCGAACACUGCUAUAUUCUAUUAUGUAACGAAAAAGAUGUCGCAUUGAUAUAGCCCUUUUUGUACACAUUAAUGCUCAAAUAGACACCUACAAUGAUAAUUGGACUACUUUAAUUCAUUAAUUUUAUUCGUUAAUUUUCUUCUAUUUUUGCUGUCUUUUGCGAAGGGAAACCUUGGGAUAAGCUCUUGUCUCUAAAUCAGGGGAUCUUUUAACAUACAAACUAGUGGGGGAGGAUUCUCAAUUAGACCCUAAGGUUUCCGAACAUGUCCAACCAUUCCCCACUUGUAAGUGCCCUCUUGUUCAAAAUUGCUUAAAAAAAUUAUUUUUCAUGAUAUUUGUUUACUGUUCGUUUGUGUUGUUUGGCUUGAGUACUUUUCAACCUGCACAAAGCAAACGUAAUUUUUCGCUUUCAAUUUGAUUACAGUAAGAAGUCCUUUUCCUAUAAAAUACACCAAUAGAAAUUGUUUAAAAGAUCCCCGCUCUACAUAGGUAUGUAGCAAUGAAUUAUUUAAUCUUAUACAAAACCACAUUAAUUUACCAAAUUUUACUCCGCUUUGCAUUACCACAUUACGUUAGCAUUACCACAUUACGCCAUUCUUCAAUAAGCUUUCCUCGCAUCUUAGCCUAGAUCUUUUCUUCUUUAUUGCAUCGCCUUGCUUCAUUAUUACAUCCUAAGCACAUCCUUCGACUGCAAACUUAUUUUUUGUGUAGAAUCGUAUAAAUAAGGAUGGGCUCCGACGCAAGUUGGAAAGUGGGGAGGGGGCCAAGGGAGAUUAUCAAAGCAAAUGAAUUUAUAAAAACUUUAUUGUUUUGCAAAAAGUGGAGUGGCCAUGGCCUCCCGCCCCCGGCCCCCCUUCAUCGGAGGCUGAUAAUAGUGGAGUUGGUUAGAGAUUAUUCAACUGGAGCAAACCUAAAACAAUUUUCUCUCUGCAUUUUCUCUAAAAAAAGACUUUGUGAGAUCGUUUAACUUAUAUAUUUAACAAUAGUUCUGAAUUUUCAUAUAACUACGAGCAAUGAAAGAUGAAGCAUAAAUAAUAAAAAAUGCCAAACCUUUGUU